AGUAUACUUGGUGGCGCUAUUUAGAGGAAGACAGCUAGCUUUGGAUGAUGGAUGAGAGCAAGAAGGUGUUGUGCUUCGCGCGUUUAGCCCUGAAGUAGGCCAUGCGGUUUGGGUACUAUAACUGCUGAUUCUUGUUGUUUAAAACAGCUGUCAUUUCGUUUUUUUUUUCUAGGAGCAAGAGCCUCUGUUGACUCAUUCCUUUGGCCAUGAAAUACAUAAAAGAUAAGAACUUCGUAAAGGGUAUCUACAACCGAGCACGGCGCACACUUCCACAUGGGUUGACGAUAGAGCCAGCAGAGACACAUGCCACACGAACAGGGGUGUGGGCCCAGACAAACUUUGCAAAAGACAUCAUCUUCGGUCCUUAUCAAGGCCCAGGGGAAAACUCUGCUGAGGAGUGGAAGGAGUUUCAAUCAUCAAAAACUUCUGAAGAUCUUGACAACAACUUCAACGAGCGAAUGUGUAACUGGAUGAUAUUUGUUAACCUUGCAAGAAACAGUCGGGAGUCAAAUCUUGAGCCAGUUCUUUACAAUGGGGCAAUCUUCUUCCGCACAUCAAAGUUAAUUAAUAAAAUCAACCAGCUUCUUGUAUCUGGUGAUGUGGAGGUUGUUGGUACCCUAGAAGACUCUGAUGUUAGAAUACCAGGCCUGCCUAUUUCUCAAGAAGGUUCUGGUCCAAUAGACUAUUCAUUAUUAGAACAGAGCAUUGGUUGUAAGAUAAGCAAGCCAGUACCAACCAGCAACACCGACAUCCUAGCUAAGCAGUCUGCUGUCAAUGAGGAUGAUGAGCUUAGUUUUGAUCUGAAUGAGUAUCUGCAACAGAACCAAUUAGAACUUAUUGAGAAACCUGUCAAUUACAAUCCACACAACCGAACAGAACCAGUGUGCUACAGAGGAACCUGUCAACCAGGGAAAACCAUCCGAGGCAAUGAACCAUACAUGUGUAAACAGUGUGGUGCAAGGUUUGCUCAUGUGAGUGUGUUGAUGAAGCAUGAAAACACACACAUGGAGGAUUUGGGAAGGUAUAGGUGUACUUACUGUGGGAGGGUGUUUGUUCAGAAGGGAUCUUUACUAAAACAUGAGGAGAUACAUACAAUGAAUCAAAAAUUAUCUAUUUGUAAAGUCUGCUCUGUUUGCUUUGAGAGGCAGUCAGAUUUGGAUGAACAUUUUAAAGUGUUUCACAGCUCAGAGGUUGGUAGAGCAUUCCCAUGUUUUAUUUGUGGGACUGGCUUUACUAAAAUCGGGAGCCUAAGAGCACACAUUAGGUUGAAGCAUCCUGGCAAGCUCUCACAAAAGUGCCGAUUCUGUAUGAAGACAUUUAAAAGCAAAGCAUUUCUAGAUUCACAUGAAUAUCAACACCUAUCAGACAAACCUUUCGCCUGUCAGUUUUGUAGCUUCAAGUUCUCUGCUAGCUCCAAACUACUGAAUCACAUAAAAUGUACACACAAAGAGGAAGUUGAGUCUACUGCCAUGGCAGAAAGAGAAUCACUUAUCUGCUACUACUGUGGCUACACUUUCUCAGUACAUACUCAGUUCAUCAAGCAUGUGAAAUUAUGCAAAGCUGGUUUACAGAAAGACUCUGCAUCACCACUCUCGUCAGUUGCUGGGAAGCAGCUGAGAUGCAUGGAAUGCACAACAACGUUCCUAACAAAUGUAUCUCUGCAGAAUCAUAUGAAGCGGCAACAUGGCGAUAGACCAUAUAAAUGCCACUACUGCUUGCGGUGCUUCAAGUUCAAUUGCAAUCUCAAGAAUCAUAUUUUAAUGCACAUGAAGAAAGGCCUUUCUCCAAAAUUCUCACCUGCUGUUCAAGAUUCAGUGAUGACUUGGAACAACAAAAAUGCCAACCAUGUGUAUUUUUGUAACACCUGUAACUCAAGCUUCCAAGAUAGAAAUUUCUAUCAGAAACACCAAUGUAGAAAGGACACUUCCCAAGCAAAAUCGAUCUUAGUCUGCCCAGUAUGUAGACGAGGAUUCUAUGGUAAGUCUCAACACACAAGACACGUAGCAUUGUGUAAAACUGGUUCACGUAAUAAAUCAAUGGCGUAUAGAAUGAAGAAGCUGCCGGUGUACUGUCAGUAUUGCAAGGUGGCUUUUGGUUACCGCAAAGAAUUGUAUGCCCAUGAACGAGUUUGUUGUGCUUUUUCAGAGAAGUCAAAUAAGAUGCUAGAACGUUAUGGAUGUGCUAUCUGCAAUAAAGCUUUCCUUAAGUGUAGUCUAUUAAAAGUCCAUCUGAGGAAGUUACAUCCAGAUGAAUAUAUCGACUGUAGAAUUAAGGAGUUAAAGUUGAACAUGUGCAAUGGUUGUAAAAAGUGUUUUCGUUGCUUGAAAGGUCUUUCCAAACAUGUCAAUCAUUGUCCUAUUGCCUUAGGUAAAACAAGCAGGUCUCUUAGUUGCAAGCUAUGCUAUAAAACCUUUAAAACCAUACUACUGUUCAAUGGUCAUAAAGUUUCUUGUGAACUGAAGAACCAUUCAGAAAAAGUAAAUGUAAACCAAGGUACAGGUAUAAUGAAAGGUGCCCAAAUAGCCAAAGAAGCUAAUGGUUCAAAAGGAGUAAGUAUGCCUGUGCUAACUUCCAGUUUUUCAUGCGAACAUUGUGGAAAGGUAUUUUUAAAUGGACAGGGCUUAGGGAAACAUAAGAAAUAUUGUCAGAUUCCAGAAGAACCAAAGUCAUAUGUUUCUCACAAAUGCUCCAAGUGCUCAAGAUUCUUCUUAAACCGUAACAUGCUUAUUGCACACAAGAUGGUUUGUGUUGAAAGGAAAAGAAAAACCAAGGCCAAACAAAAGUCAAAACGAUUUCCUUGUACUGAUUGUGGCAAGUCUUUUCGUUGGAUCCAAAGUCUCCAGAGGCACAAACGCUCCUGCAUGCCAGAUAUCAUAAGCGGAGCUGAUACUUACAUUUCAGGAUCUGUCAAUCCCGAAUCUUCAGAUUCUUCCAAUGAAAUUUUCUGCAAAGUAUGUGGAAGGACUUUCAAGAAAAUACAAGGCCUUGCAACGCAUGAAUUGACAUGCAUGCCAAACAUUGCAGAGGACAGAUAUCCACCAACAGAGUCUUCUGCAGUGUCCUCAACUACAAAGAGUCGCUUUAAAUGUAAAUACUGUUACAUACCAUUUAACAAAUACAAGGCACUCAUUCCUCAUCUGAAAAACUGCUCUUCUCGAAUACUACAGAUAAACAAUAAGCAACUCAUGGCUAAAAAUGAAGCAAUUAAAAAUGAAUCAGAAAGGAUAACGACAAACAAUUCUGUUACGCUUUCAAGUGAUCUAUAUAUAUGUCGUAAAUGUGGCACAUCCUUUCAAGAUGAAGGCAAGCUUGUUGAACAUGAUUUUGUUUGUUGUCCAGAAUUCAAAGUAUUUGGCUGCAGCAAAUGUAGCGCGACAUUCUCAAAUGAAACGGAUCUUGCACGACAUGCGCAAAUGGCUCAUAACCGCAUCAAGAACUUCAUGUGUAAGACAUGUGGGAAGACUUUCUUGAACAAUGCUGGUUUAGGUAAACAUAAAAACACGCACAAAACAAAUGUCUUCUUAAGGACUACGAAGCAACAAAAUAGUAACAUUGCCAAAAAAUGUAUCAAAUGUAAGGUAUGUGGGUGUUCUUUUGGUAGCCUGAAAGGUUUAAGGAAGCACAAAAACUUAAAUCGGUGCAAGGUAAUAUAUCACAACUGCACACUUUGUGGAACUAACUUCAAAUCAAUCACUGAAUUUGAAAAUCAUUCUGGAGCAUGUACAGAAGCUCGGCAGCACAUAUGCAAAAUUUGUGGACGUGGAUUCAGAGUUCCUGGUUAUCUUGACCGCCAUGUGCUGAAAGAGCAUGACAAGUCUUUCAAUACUAGUGCAACACGUCACAGAAACAAUGAACAACAGAAUGCUAAAGAGAAGUUGAAGCAGCUUAAGGAAUCUGAAUCAGCCUUGAGAAAACCAAACAUUUCAUCAGCAGUAACAGGAUCCCAUGAUCACAGUAAACAAAGAAAUGACAGCUUUAAAUGUGGCUUUUGUUCGAAGAGAUUUCCAACGUUGGAAGCAUUCGCUGACCAUGAAGACGCUGAACACUCAAAGAAAUUUAAAUGUCAUGUCUGCUCUCAGAGUUUUAAGUUUGAAAGACAACUUUUACAUCAUCGUAGAUGUCAUGUCAAUGUCUAUCCACAUAAAUGUAAAAUGUGUCCUAUGAGAUACAAGUACAAAGCUCACUUAAAACGUCAUUUUGAAAAUAAACAUAGCUAUAGAAGUCAACAUUUAAAGAAAGAGUUGAGAAGUAUCAAAAAAGAUGGUUAUUAGAAAAAAAUAUUACAAGUCACUGAGAUUAGUUUGAUCGAUCUGUUGCUUUGUUAAUGAACACACAUCAGUAAAUUUUUUUAUUAAAAAAAGAGAUAGAAAUGACGUACUAUGAAUAUUUUAGAUAGCAAUUAUCAAUUGAAACAGAUGAAGGCCAUACCAUGAUGUAACUUUGUCUCUCUUCUUGCUUUACCAACCCUAGGUCAAGGAGGUAUUAAAUAUAUAGUGUAUUAAAUACCAUUUUUGCUUUGGUUGUCUUAUUUUCAUCUUAAGUGACAAAAACAAAAUCCAUGGGUAAAAUGUUUCAGUAGGCCUAUCUUCAUAGUUAAAAGUAUCAAACUAAUAAUAGGAAAUGUCAACAAACAACUACGAAUUCAUUCGACUCCCUGUCAUCAGAACAAGGUACCUCAUGGAUGUAUGGGGAGCUGUUAUUCUAUUCUUGCAUUAUCGUUGUUAAUGUGUGUACUUUAUAUUCACUAACAGUUCUACUAAUGUUGGAAAAAUAGUAUGUUGUGCCUUUGCUUUCAACCAGUUAAUGUUAACAUCUAUUUUUGUUUAAUUAAGAAUCUCUAGUGUAAAGCUUUAUUUGUGUGCUAUUGAAAUGUCAAAACAUGAACAGUCUCAAAGAUAUUUUUUUUACCAUGCAUCAUAUCUUGUAUAAUGGCACCAAAGAUUCUUAUUUGUUCGCAUGAUCAUGUUUAGUUUGAAUACUGUUAAUGUAGAUUUUAAGGUUUUUUUUUUUUUUUUAUUGUUACAAAUUUACCAUAAUAAUUGUCCUGUAAAUUCAUAAUAGUUUAAUGAACAUAUGAGCUGAAUUAUGUAUUAUUGUAGUCCUACUACGAAUACCUAUAUUUCAUAAAUCUUUGCAAACUGUAUUACUGUAUUUUGAUUGCAUCAAAGCUUUUUAAUAAAUAGUUAUUACAGCAUUGA